GUCGAAAUGACCGAUAAGCAAGGAAACGUCAUUUGCCAACCAAUUUUUUGCGGUUGUCGCCCGUCAACGGCGUAAACCCGUCUCCAAGUCCAAUCCAAUCCAAUUUUGCCUCUUGCUUGCCGAUUUUGCUUGUUUUUUAUUUCCCACAGGUCACAAACGUAAAAGUUAAAAAUUUCAUCUGGCUGUUGUUGAUUGUGCUGCGCGCUAGCCUUUUUUUUUUGUGUUAUAGGACCGUAUGCCGGGCGCCAGUUUUUUAGUUUUUGAAACUAGACGACCGCCAUUUUGAUGAAAUAUAAGGUUCUCUUUGACAAGUUGGACAAAUUAGCACAUAAGGGUUCGCAAUCUGAAGUGGAGCUAGUUGUUCAAUGCCCAACAUCUAAACUGCAGCAGACUGAAGGAAUGCUCUUUUUGGAAAAUCGUCAAAAUAUUUUAGUUGACCAACAAAACAACAUUAUCAACAAAAUGGUGAGAAGAUUGCCAGAUGAUUAUGCUGAACAGGAUAGACCAAAAUUUCCAACACUAAGGCUAAGACCUCAUUUCACAAUACCAGACAGUACCGCUGCAGAUCUACCAGAACCCAGCAACAGAUCUGGCCUGAUAAAUAAAAUAUCUUACUCAAAGCUUACAAAUGCUGCAACAUUGCCUGAAUACGGACCCCGUUUGUCAGCCAAUAAUCUUAAAGGCAGAAUUGUGAGUAUUUUCAAUCCAGAAACGCGAGCAGAAAGGCCUGGUCAGCGAACUCUUCCAUUUGUACCAAGAACGAGAACAAUACCACGAAAAGUUAGGGCAUCACCCCCAAGACCAAGAACACCGCCGCCACCAAGGAUAAGAACACCACCUCCAAGUACUGCUCAUGCCUCCAUCCAUGCUAGUACCUCCUCAAGCGUUAAAAAUGACGAUAAGGAUUUUGAAAUUCCACUUGAAGAAUCCUUGCAAGCGGUAGCUAAUUUUAAGAAGAUGGAAAAGGCAUUAUCCAUUUGGGCAGUUGGAGAAUAUGUUCUGGCUCGAUGGAAAGGAAAUGGCCUUUUUUAUAAAGCUAAAAUUUUGGACAUCAAUAUUACUGGAGAAAUUAUGGUAUUUUUUGAGUCUUAUGACAUAGAGGACACGAUAAACCACGAGGAUAUGCUUAAAUACUACAGGAAAGAUAAAAACUAUGUAAAAAAGUUGGGCUCCCGCAAGGUUCCUGUAUCUGUUCCUGCCUCGGUUCCUGUCUCUGUUCCUGCCUCGGUUCCUGACUCGGUUCCUGACUCGGUUCCUGACUCGGUUCCUGUCUCGGUUCCUGCCUCGGUUCCUGCCUCGGUUUCUGUCAAAGAUGACACUAAACCAGAAAACAAAAUAAAAUGUGCCAAAAAACCUAGAGAAAAAAGAUUGAAAAAAGCUUUGUAUCACCGCUCAAAGGUACCUUUGUGUAAGAGAUCCGAUAUGUUCAGAAAAAAAAUACUUCGUACAUAUCAAAGAAUCCACCAACAAAAAGUACAUAUUGAGUAUUUUUCAAGUGAUGUUCAAAAAGACACCUAAACUGCUACCUUAUUCAUUCGAUUAUUUAAAUGUUAUGUUUAUAUGCUAUUUAAUAGCAUAUAAUAAUGUUUUAAUUAUGUGAUUUUUUUUCUGUGUUACGUAAAUCAGAUUUAUUGCUUUUCAAUUAUUUCAACAGAAAGUGGGUAAUUCUAUGCAUACUUAAAUAUAAGUAUGAAAAAAAAAAACUUUUCUAAAUAUAUUUUUCUAUGUGCAAAUCACUAAAAGUGAUAUUAUGUAGAUUUUCUAGGAGAAAUCUCAACAAUAAUGGUUAAUUUUUACAAUGAGGAAAAACGUAUGGAGAAUCAAUAAUUUUGGAUUGUAGAACAUAUUAUUCUAGACAAAAAUCUGAGUGAAAAUCAUUUAGCAAGAAUCUUCCACAUUUCAGAAUUCACACUGUAUCUCAGAUAAUUUUUCCUCAGUGUAAUCAAAUGUUUAUCUCAAAAAUGAAGAAAUUUGUCAGUGCUAGUUUUCAAAUUUGUUUUAUUAUAAGGUAUUUUAAUGACUGGCCGAUUGUAUUCUGCAUAAUAGUAUAUAUUUUUUUAUCUCUACUUUUAAAUGUGAAUAGGGUUCGAGUUUUUUAUUCCAAAGAAUAUUAUAGAAUUGAUUUUUCUGGUGCAUUUUGAACAGUAUUGCUUUGUAACCUUGUUAUGUAUUAAAUUUAUGAUAAUGGCUAAGGUUUUCUCAUUUCAGUCAGCCAAUGAAGUUAUCUGUGUAUCUCUAAUUAGAAAUUCAUCUAUCUAAAAAUUAUUGAAAUAAUUAUGUAAUUUUUUCAUUGACAUAUGUAAGCUGUAUGGUUGGUCUAUCAGCUGUAGAUAAUUUUAAAAGAAAACAUCUUAUUUAAAGGUUUCUGUUUUAGAGGCCAGUAAAUUAUUUAUGCGGGAUAUUACUUUGUUGGCUGACUGUAAGCAUCAUAGAAUGAUAAGACUUGAGUUGAAUCUCAUUACAUGUAUCAAUGUGAGAUAUUAACAAAUUUAGUUCUGCAUUUUGUCUGUUGGAGCUACAGCUCAAAAAAGAGCAUACAUUACGGAAACUGUCAAUGUAAAUCGAAUGUAAAGUAUCUAGACAGAUUUGCUUAUGCAGACUAGAAUAUUUUGUUAUUGAAUUAUUAUUUUAUUAUUUAUUAAUAUGCAUUUGAAUACAUAUUCAGUUUUUGUCACUGAUUAUUAUUAUUAUUAUUAUUAGCUAUAAGUUUUCGUUAUUCAUAAUAACCGUUUCUCAAUUAGGUUUUGUGAGGGGUAAACUGUAGACAAAUAUCUUGUACAGUUAUUAAUAUAAUAAUUGUUGUAUAGGGUGCUCGUAAAAAGGAUGAAUACAAAAGUUCUUACAUUUCAUCUUAACCACCAAUUUUUAUCAGAUUAACAGAAUGAGUGUCAAAGAGCUGCCAGAAAGUUCUAACUAACACUUAUUUGAAUAGAACAUCCUAAAUUUUUCUCUAAAUUUGAAAAGCACUUAUAUUUCGUAUUCUUUAUUAGCUGGUAAACCCAAGAACACUCCACCAAACAGGAUUGCUAAUCCUAAUAAGGUGUACAUUGGACAGUUCUCAAAAUGGCAGCUGGUCUGUGGGAGACAUCACCACUAUCAUUAGCUGAUAGUGGUGACGUCUCCCACAUACCUUGAUCAAAUGCUUGCGAUUCAGGCUGUCAGUUAAAUUUUUCCUCGAUUUUAAAUGCAGAAAAGGUGAUUUUUAACGUUUAGGAAUUCGUUUUUUUGACCUAAAGUGUUCUAAACUUGGAUAAUGCAUUUUAUGUCAAAGAGUUGAGAUCUGCGGCUGACAUCACAAAUAGUAGGGACUUGUCGCGUGGACAUGGCAGAUACUUUCAGCUCAAUAAGCAGUCCUAUUAGGUAAAGUGGUCUUGGGGUAAACCUAAAUCCAACACAAUAUAAUCCCACUUUCACAUUUUUCAAAAACGUUUUAAAAUUAUUUCGUUAGUAAUUCUAAUAGCAUCUUCUCAGUUGCAUCCAUGUAUCUGAGUCAAAAAUAUCAUAAUUUGCCAUAUUCCGGGCACGUGAAAGUGGCUUAUUCAAUGAAAACACAACAAAAGAAAGGCAAUACAAGUGUGAUACAAAAAAUUCUAUGUUAGCCUGGUUUUCCAAUAGGCAUAUUUGAAAUGCAAAAAUUUCGUAAUUUGAAGUAAUACCUCUAAUAAAGACAUUCUUUGGUAUAUUGAAUUGAACGGAAUGUAAUUCAUUUUUAGGUAGAGUUUCGUGGGUUUAAAUUGAUAAAAAAAUAAAAUUUAUGAAAGCCAUCAAAAAACAUGAUGGAAGGUGCUCUUUUUCCAACUGUUUGGACUCCGGAGACAACAGUCUGAGGUUUGAUAAAGGAUAAAUAAAUGUCCGAAACGCUGCCAACAACUAGAUAGUUUCUUUCAGUCCCCUAGACCUCUAACCCACGAAACUCUACCUAUAUUUAAACAAAGACACAAAAUGAAUACAAGUAAUUCAUUUGAUUAUGAUCAAUUUUUCAUUGGGUGAGACUGGUGAGAGCAUCCCUUUCUUAAUCUCUCCUCUUUGCAUUCUUUGUUAAGAGUGCGGAAUAGUCUUUCCUAAUAUUCCUCUUCAACAUAAUACAUUUUAUAAAUACAUAAAGUACCUGGGAAAUGCCUUCCCAAUUGUGAUUACUCGCAGUUUCUUUUUCCCUCUCUUACUCCUGUUCCAAGUUACUGUAAUAUAACAUUAUCGUCGUUUUUUUUCUAUAUUCAUCUCUCAGUGCACAUUUUUCUUGGAUAACCAAGACUAUACUAAUUGAAUUUCGAUCAGUCGAUCACUGAGCAAAAUAGCCGAUACCAAUUUGUUUUGGCUUGAAUAGACAUUUUUGUAUUUUUUUUUAAAAUACACUUGAUUAUUGUAAUUAAUAUUUGCCAUUUGUGAAUCUUAAUAAUCGAUAGGGUAGCGGUAAAUAAUGUAGGUAAUUUUUUUUUUUGUCAGCGGGAACUGACGCAUUCUAUUGAGUCUGAGAAAAAUCAAAGCUGGCUAAACCCAUCUUAAAGAGGGUUCUAACAGACCUCAACGUAAUUUAGCAUCUAACCUAAUCAUCUCAAUUUUUGUCUUGAGACAAUAAACAAACCAAAGUUAUGCCUAAUAAUUAUUGGUUUAAAUUUCGGUGUUGAAAGUUAGACAUUAAAAUUCAAAAUUACCAUAAUUGGAAAAGAUAAAAGUUGGUCAUCUUUUAAGUUGAGCCUUGAAUUAUUUUUUUAUGAAUGCCAACAUUAGUUUCCAUCAUAUGCUGAAUUAAGUCAACUGCCUGUUUGAUAUUGGAGCUGUACACUCAAUUUUCUCUAAGGUUUACCCCUUGGUAUAAGUAAUCAUAUUAAUUUUUCAAUUAUUUAUUAAUGGGUAUUCAAUUCAUAUAUAGAAAUGGAUACAAUGGUUAAUAUUAUCUGUCUUUUAGAGAGUAUGGAAUGCUAGUAAAAACCCGGUAACAGGGCAAUAAUGCAAUUAGUCAUAAUAAUUAUAUGUUUGUCGUAUUUAUAUUUUGAAUUUUUGAAUGUGAUUUUGAAAGCGUUCCAAACUUUUCUAAAAGCACUACUUAAUUUUACUUAAGGUGUUUGGAAGACUGAUGUAAAAAGUUUGCUUGUUAAGUACAUGUUUCGCUGGUGUAUCUUGGUUUUGGAACACACCAUGCAUGACAGUAAAUGUAUGUUUAAAUGUGCCAUAAAAAUGUUUUGUAUCUUCUAACUGUUAAAUAUCCACUUACGUUUAAAAUUACAUUAUCUGUGGAAGUUGUGAGCUGCCUACAUAAAAACAUUGCUCUGUAAUUAAAGUGAGUACUGCAGACAGGCCAAAAGUUAUUGAUGGAGUUCAGUAUUACCAUUUAUUUGUUUAUAGAAUAAAAGAAAUAUAUAAUAAAAAUAUAACAAUGAGUUUUAUUUUAAAUAUUAAAAAUAAAUACAUUAUUUGUUAUAACAUCGGUUUAUAAAAAAUAGAAAGAAACAACAUUCAGAACUUAACAUAAUUUACAGCUAUGUACAGAAUUUCAAAUCCUCCUCUGAAUUAGGAAUCUAAAAUAACAAACACAGUCAAAAGUAUGUUUAAUUACUACUAAUAUUCUCUGAGAUUCAUAUAACUACAAUUAUUGAAAUGUUCGUUCUCAUGAUAAUCAUAAAAUCCUAGAGAUUUUUGAUUAUAAGAAAACUUGCCUUGGUUUGCUGCAUUCGCCUCAUAUUUGGCACAUCUAUAAAUGUUUUCUAGCUGAGGUUGUACAUUGCCCAGCAAAGGCCUUUCGGACGGUUCAGCAGCCCAACAUUGUUCCAUGAGAUUCCAACAUGCAUCAUUAAAAUAUGACAAACAUUCUGGUCUUAUUC